GCGGAACGUUUGUCCUCUAUCCUUUGCUGCGCUUGAAAGACGGACGUUUAUAAGCGACGGACAAGCAUGGGUACCCGAGUUGCAGCGAGUCAGGUUCUUCGGUGGACUUUGAGGAAUGCCACUUCUGUAUUCAGUCCACUUCAGUUUGGGAGAUGCUUGCUCCAGCCUCUGUGUACUGGGGGCAGAUUGUUGUGUUCCUCCACCAGCCAUGGCCCUCUCCAGCCAACACUACACGACCGUGAGCUAAAUCCUCUGUCUAGGCAGCCAGUCACAGAGCUGUCCCUACCGUCUCUGGUUGAUAUGGGAUUCACAGACUCUCAGGCAGAGCAGAUGUACGAGGCCACCUCCAAACUCAGAGGAACAAGUACUUCCAAACAUGCUCUGUCAACUCUCACAGCUCUUUUCGUCUUGGGCCUCAAUCCUUCCAGUGUGCAGAAAAUUCUGGAAAAAUGUCCUGAACUUUACACUGUCACGGAAUCGCAGUUUCAGCAGCGCAUAGGCAACAUGCGGAAACUAGGGUUAGUUGAAGGCAGUCUUCAGAGAGUGGUGUCCCAUUACCCCCAGAUCCUGACUGUGCCUGUGAAGACAGUAAAAAAUGUGGUGCUGUUCCUCAAGGAGAAGUGCCUGUUUACUUUCCAGCAGGUCACAGACCUCCUCAGGGAUAGUCCUGCCGUUGUACUGGAAGACAGGGGGCAGCUGGAGUACAAAUUUCAGUACGUCUACUUCCGAAUGGGGAUCAAACAGGCGGAGAUGGUGAAGUCCAGAUUGUUUCGUUACACUCUGGAGGAGGUGCGCUGUCGACACUGUUUUCUGGAGCGCAGGGGCCUGUAUCAAACCCCCGACAAGAAGGGACAGACCAUGAUCAUCAACCCCAAACUGGACAGCAUCCUCCACUUUGACCAGGACACUUUCCUCACAAAUGUUGCCAACGCAUCAGCAGAGGAGUAUGAGGUGUUUCAGAGACUGAUGGCGAGAGAAUGGCUGGAGGAGGAGCAGCUGCAGGGGAACAUUGAAGCUGAUAGUGAUGAUGAUGAAGAAGAGGAUGAAGAAGAUGAGGAGACUGGAGGGAAAAGUGGAUACAGGAAGAAGAGAAAGAGAUAACAGAACACUGGGAGUGGGAAAACCAAUUUAAAGUGGAAGUUAGAUGAAUAGAGAAAUGACAUAUGUGAUGGUGAUACAUGAUCCAAUAAAAUGUUUCCUGUUA